AUUGAUGCAGUGGUAAAUCACAAUCAAAGGCGUAUCAUAUUUUGCACAUUUUCGAUAGGAUUUAUUUAUUUCGAUUAAAACUUUACCAUGUUUCCAGUAACUUUAAAACGUCUGGAACAUUUUAAAACAUUCGGUUUUGCAGAUUCAAAAUUAAAUUGCAAAAUGUUACAAACGUUAAUUUUUUUCCCCCCAAAAAUCCAUAUAUCUAGGGUAAAAACUCAACACGGACUCAUAAACCACACGUGUGGGACUACGUUAUUUUAUACAAUUUAAAACCCAUUUAGUAUGUACAAUUUUGAGGUGAUGUGAUCACAUUGUUGAUGGAUAUGAUUAGACAAAGUUUGGGUAGCAUUUUAUCACCUACAUGAUAUUUAUAUAGUUUCAGAGAUUAUCUGCCUAACAAAAAUUGACACAGACAGACGAAAACAGAAAACCUAUAUUUUGUACUUUAGGGGUCAUGACUCAUUGAGAAAAUAUAAAUGUAGCUAGUUUUCCAAUGGAUUCGAUAACAAUAUUUUUUAUGGAAAUGGAGAUGAAUAGAAAAAUUUUGUUAAUGUUCGUUUCACCAAAUGGUUAAACAACGUGAUUAACAAUUACAUCUGUCUGCCGACGUUAUUUCCUGUUGUCACUGUUGUCAAAAUUGACAAGGGUGACAGUGACAUUUAUUUUAAAUUAAAAAUUACUACUGAUUACAUAUUAAUAUAAGUCUCAUAUCCAAAGUCCCUUGAGGGCUUAAAAAUGACAUAGCACCGGUCAUUUGGAUCAAAAUUUCCCAGAAUUGCCAAUCUAAACAGUAUUAUAUUGAUCGCGCUGUAUUUUAAUAAUCAUUUUUUGAAAUUCUUUAAAACUGAACGUCGAUAAAUGUCGGAUUAAUAUUCUAAAACUGUUUUUAGUUCUCCACUAAUGUGAAGUGUAAUAAUAUGUAUGUUUGUAUAUUUUAGGAAUCUGUUUCAUGCAGUAAGCUCUAUAAGUCGUCCAAAGGAAAUAUCUACGUAGGAAAACGAAAAUUAAGUCCCAAAUCUUCACUACUGUUUUCAGGAGAUCCCAAAACAUUGUCUAGGAUGAAAGAUCAAUUACAAUCGUCGUUUAUAAAAAUUGCUAAUAGUAUUCAACUGAACAAAAUAAAACUUUCGAAGACUAGUAAGUAUGAGAUUUCUGACACCGAUGAGGAGCCGUAUGAAGACUCUGGUGAUAGUUAUCAACCAACCACUUCCUGUUCAAGUAGGGGAUCCAGUCACAUUUCAUCACCAACAUUUCAAGUUGAUGAUAUUCGCAGUAAUGUUAGACGUCAGCUUUUUCCUACAUCAGGUUUAUCCCUUCUAAGAACACCGUCUUCUGAAGAAAGCGAGUCUACCGACGCUGGCAUACUUUCCAGAAUGACUAGAAUCACACCUUCCCCUACAUGCUCGAUGAUGAUACCAAACUGCCCCCUAGAAGAAAAUACACCUACCCGUAGUAAUAUGCCUUCACAGUUAGCAAUAGUAACAUUUAAGGGCCAAAAUGUUGAAGUUAUUAUUAACCAUACGUUACAUCGAGGACAAUAUUCCUGCCACCUUAAUUGCGUCAAAGAAACGCUUACUGGUUUUCUUUACGAAAAUAAAACUAAUAGCAACGAUCAUGUGUGCAGUUAUUUUAAAUCAGAAGGUGCAUACUCUAACGUUGGAACAAUAGUCCGAGAUAAAGAUGAGCGGAAGGCGGAGUUCCAUGUCAAUAAAUGUUUCCUCAGUCCUGAUACUUUGUUUGGAAUGGAAUCUUUUUUUCCUCACAUGAAAACUAAUCUGACUCCUCUUCUGGUUCAACAACAUAUAAAUCAAGAAGUAGGACCAAAAUCUUGUAGAAUACCAACUGAUAAAAAGAGUAAAUACCAUUUUUGUAUGUACUGUGAUCAAAUGCGAACAUCUAUAGGAAGACACUUUGUAAAAUGUCAUGCUGAAGAAGAAGAAGUUAAGACAAUUAUUUUGCUUGAAAAACAAAGUAAGGCACGCCACGAGGCUUUGACUGCUUUGAGGAGAAAGUCUGACAGUGUACAUAACGCAAGAUCUGAUCCUCAUAACAGAAUUUCUAUUCGUGCUUCAAAGAUGGUGCCAGUCGCUAAAUUUGUAAAUUGCUGUAAUUGUGGUGGACUUUUUGCACCAAAUAACUAUUCUCGGCACAACAGAAUUUGUACUGAACGUCCAGCUAAUCGCCAAAGAGUAUUGCCACUGGCAAGAUUUAAUACUGAGAAUCAACAAGAAGAUUCUGAUGAAACAACACUUAACGUAAACAAUCUUGUGAAGAGAUUACUUGCGUCCAUGGAAAAUGACGAAGUUGGAGACGUUGUUAGAACUGAUUCCACUUUAUUACUUUAUGCCAAAAACAAGGCUUUGCAGCACAUGAGUGAAGAAAGACAAAAUGCAAACACUCGUCAACAACUUCGAAGAGGUGCAAAACUUUUGAUACAAGCACGCCUUCUAGAUAGUGAAAUCAGCGAAUUUUCUGAUUGCCUGGAUCCCACUAAAUACGAUACGAUAAUUGAGACUGUCUACUUACUGAGCGGUUUAAAGAUAAAAACUUAUGAGCUUACCACUCCUACGGUUAUUCCACAUUUCAGAAUUUUAUUAGAAAAUUGUGGUACAUUUUUAAAAAGUGAACUUUUGAAAAAAGGAUUAACAAUGCAGGAUCCACAAGUUCAACGAACUGAUGCCUUUCUCGCCGUCCAUAACAACGACUUUAAAAUGAAAGUUUCAAAAACUGCCAGAAUAAAUACGGUUAGAAAUAUAAUAGAAAAAAAUAAACAAUUACCGUUGCCAUGUGAUGUAGCGGCGUUAACAGAUUACAUUAAGGCUCAAGCGUCUUACAGUUGCAAUAAAUUAAAACAAUCUGGAUUUAACUACGCCCACUGGUGCAAAUUAGGAAAGUCUGUUAUGCUUCAUGUUUUAAUUUUUAAUAGGCGACGUGUUGGAGAAAUAAGUAACAUACGUUUAGCAGACUACCAAAAAAAAUCUAAGUUAGAGAAAAAACAGUGUGCAGGAUUAAAUAACUUAGAGCAACUGCUUGCAAAUCAUUUUACCCGGAUGCUAAUCAUGGCUAAAAGAAGCAGACCUCUUCCUGUUCUGUUGGAUGAUGAACAAAUACAAUAUAUCGAUUUAUUUUUGUCACUCAGAAAGCAAGCAGGAGUAAAAGAAGAGAACCCAUACUUAUUUGGAGCGCCAUUAAAAUCUCAGCAUCUGAGUUGUUCAGUAGCUCUCAAUGAAUUUUCUAUUAAUUGUGGUGCCAAACAUCCAAUUAGAUUACGUUCAACUGCAUUGAGGAAACAAAUCGCAACAGUGGCACAGAUUUUAAUUCUCAAUGAUAAUGAGGUUCAGCAACUGUCUGAUUUUAUGGGCCACAACAUUGAAGUGCAUCGAAGACAUUAUAGGCAAAAUGAAGAAGUAACACAAAUUACGAAAUUAGCCAAGUUUUUUAUGUUACAAAGUGGCAGAGACUUAAACAAAUUUAAAGGAAAAACUUUAGAUGAAUUAGAAGUUAUGUUACCAGCAGUGAGUGAAAUAAACGAUGUAGGUGAUGAGGUUGAUGAAGAAUUGUUUGAUGACCUGAAUGGCCAACAUAUUGAUACUGAUCUAGCUAAGCAUCACCAUGAAAAUGUGCAACCUGAAGCUGAAAUACGCCCACAUUUAGAUGAUGAUGAGUCUAAUGUAUCACAUGAUCCUGAAAUUUUAUUGGAAACCGGAGAAACUGAAGAAGCUGUAUCCGACAUGGUUGAUAUGUUGAAAACAUCCAUAGAAACACAAGUAACGUCUUUAAAUACAGAGAAAGCAACAACAAGUGGAAAUCGGCAAACAAAAAUACGCCGAAAGAAGAAUUGCUCUACUCCAGAUAAAAGCCCUCAAAGCAGAUUUCCAACCACACAAGAAAUUUUAGUAACUCUAAAUAAUAGUCCAAGGAGGAGGAAACGAACUAGUAAAGCACGUUGGACUGUUCAAGAGAAGGAAUUCGUUUAUCAACAUUUUAGAACGUACCUUCAAUAUAAUGAUGGUGUUUUUCCAAAAAUGGCAUUCUGUCAACAAUUUGCCCAAACAUAUCCUAACCAAAUAGGACACCGACCUGGGAAUAUUUUGUAUGCAUACAUAAGAAAUGUAAAAUUAACUUUGCAGACACCCCCACUGAUAUAGUAUAUUUCUAAAAUAAUAAUGUACAAUAAUUGGCCUAAAACAAUAAAGAGUAUAACAAAACUAA